AUGGUCCGGUUCCGGAGCCGUGGCCUUCAUGGUCUGGAUGCGGCGCGUACUGCAGCAGGUAGGAUCCGUGGUGGUAUUUCUCCAGUAGGAAUAACGGGCUUUGACACAGCGCAAGAGAUGGGUAUAGAAUCGCUUUGUGAUCGAUUCCAUCUUUUGUCAGAAGAUGUUCGAGUCCCGUCCUCGUUUAGCCAUGCUGUCAGCGGAACACGAAAGUCGAGAAGGUCCCUGCGUUACCUCUUCAGACUUCUAGUUCCGUAUACCUUCCAAAAGUUUCGAUUGCCUGUACUUUCGAAGAUCUUCUUGCAAAACUGUUCUACAUCUUGUAUUGGCUAUCAGUCACUCAAGAUGUGA